GCUAGGACCAGGCUACAGAACCAUGAGCCAGGACAGCAAAGUGAAGACAACAGAGUCCAGCCCCACAGCCCCAACCAAACCCAGGAAGAGGCUGCCCGUCCUAGACCCGUCUGGGGAUUAUUACUACUGGUGGCUGAACACGAUGGUCUUCCCAGUCAUGUAUAACCUCAUCAUCAUUGUGUGCAGAGCGUGCUUUCCUGACUUGCAGCACAGUUACCUGGUGGCCUGGUUCGUGCUGGACUACACAAGUGACUUGCUGUACCUACUAGACAUUGGGGUGCGCUUCCACACAGGAUUCCUAGAGCAGGGCAUCCUGGUGGUGGACAAAGGAAUGAUCGCCAGUCGCUACGUCCGCACCUGGAGCUUCCUAUUGGACCUGGCUUCCCUGGUCCCCACAGACGCAGCCUACGUCCGGCUAGGCCCCCACAUCCCCACGCUCAGGCUAAACCGCUUUCUCCGAGUACCCCGUCUCUUCGAGGCCUUUGACCGCACAGAGACCCGCACAGCUUACCCAAACGCCUUCCGCAUCGCCAAGCUGAUGCUCUACAUCUUUGUUGUCAUCCACUGGAACAGCUGCUUGUAUUUUGCCCUGUCUAGGUACCUGGGCUUCGGACGGGAUGCGUGGGUGUACCCAGACCCUGCGCAGCCGGGCUUUGAGACCCUGCGGCGCCAGUAUCUCUACAGCUUCUACUUCUCUACUCUGAUCCUGACCACUGUGGGCGACACACCACUGCCAGCCAGGGAGGAAGAGUAUCUCUUCAUGGUGGGUGACUUCCUGCUGGCCGUCAUGGGUUUCGCCACCAUCAUGGGGAGCAUGAGCUCUGUCAUUUACAACAUGAACACUGCAGAUGCAGCCUUCUACCCAGACCAUGCUCUCGUGAAGAAGUACAUGAAGCUGCAGCAUGUCAACCGGAGGCUGGAGCGCCGCGUGAUUGACUGGUACCAGCAUCUGCAGAUCAACAAGAAGAUGACCAAUGAGGUAGCCAUCUUGCAGCACUUGCCUGAGCGGCUUCGGGCAGAGGUUGCUGUGUCCGUGCACCUGUCUACCCUGAGCCGAGUACAGAUCUUCCAGAGCUGUGAAGCCAGCCUGCUGGAAGAGCUGGUGCUGAAGCUCCAGCCCCAGACCUACUCGCCAGGCGAGUACGUGUGCCGCAAAGGGGACAUCGGCCGAGAGAUGUACAUCAUCCGCGAGGGCCAGCUGGCCGUGGUGGCAGACGACGGGGUCACACAGUAUGCUGUGCUUGGCGCGGGGCUCUACUUCGGGGAGAUCAGUAUCAUCAACAUCAAAGGGAACAUGUCUGGAAACCGGCGAACAGCCAACAUCAAGAGCCUAGGCUAUUCGGACCUGUUCUGCCUCAGCAAGGAGGAUCUGCGGGAGGUGCUGAGUGAGUAUCCACAGGCCCAGGCCGUCAUGGAGGAGAAAGGCCGGGAGAUACUGCUCAAAAUGAAUAAGUUGGAUGUGAAUGCUGAGGCAGCUGAGAUUGCCCUGCAGGAGGCCACAGAGGCUCGGCUAAAAGGCCUGGACGAGCAGCUUGAUGAUCUACAGACCAAGUUUGCUCGCCUGCUGGCCGAGCUGGAGUCCAGCGCACUGAAGAUCGCUUACCGCAUCGAAAGGCUGGAGUGGCAGACUCGAGAAUGGCCAAUGCCAGAGGACAUAGCUGAGGCUGAUGAUGAGGCUGAGCCUGGCGAAGGAACUUCCAAGGAUGGAGAGGGAAAGGCUGGCCAGGAGAAACCCAUAGGCAAAGAAUGACCUCAUCCUGACCUCCGGAAUCCCAGCUCAAGUGAAUCCAGAGUGGCAGGAAAGCCUGCCUGCAGAAACUGCCAUCUUAGUUGCUGGGCCACAGAAACAUAGGCCUGUCUAUGCCUAGCUAGAGAUGUGGGCUAUAGCAUGCAUCUGUCCCUCACUCACAUACACGCACAUGCACGUUCAUGGGCACACUGGCUCAAGACUGAGUGCCACGUUAAAUGUUUCUGUCUUCUGCACACAUGCAUUCUCAUAAGCAUAACCACGAUCACAGAGAACCACGAGUGAGUGCUGGGAGCCCUGGUCCAUUUAAAGGAGGUCUACUGAAAUAGGACGAAGACAGUGUUGGAGCUACAGGGAAAGAAGGCUGAUAUCAUUUCUGAACUGCAUUCGCUCGAGGUCACCAUUUCAGCUGCUUCAGGGCAUGGCCAGACUUCAGGUUUGAGCUGUGCCAGGCGGUAUUUUAAAAUGAACCUGGUGUGUAACUAGGGUGUAACAGGAUGAUAAGUGUCAUCAUCAGAAGAUAUUGAGGGUUACUGCACUUUAAAACAUUUU